AUGGCAGACGUUGAAAUGAAAGAUUCUGCGCGUGGUGCUUCUGGGAAAUCGAAAGCUGUCGCUAGAGGAGGAAAAUCAGCUCUUGGGGAUGCCAAAGGAGAUGCAAAGAAACGUUUUGAAGUGAAAAAAUGGAAUGCAGUCGCGCUGUGGGCGUGGGAUAUCGUCGUGGAUAACUGUGCCAUUUGCAGAAACCAUAUCAUGGAUCUAUGUAUCGAAUGUCAGGCAAACCAAGGCUCGUCCACGACGGAGGAAUGCACAGUUGCUUGGGGGAUUUGUAACCAUGCAUUCCACUUCCACUGCAUCUCCAGAUGGUUGAGAACACGACAAGUAUGCCCGUUGGACAACAGAGACUGGGAGUUUCAGAAAUACGGACGAUAG